AUGUACAGGGAUCAAACACAGGAGGGAGAUCAAAUUGUUAAAACGCGUAGUGUAAAUCCAAAAACAAUAUCAGAUAAUAAAAAAUUAUCUUAUCAACAAGUUAUUUCAAAUGGAUUGCAAAGUGAUGUUUGUAUAGGAACUGAUGAAAAAUCUUCAAAGAAAUUUUCCUCAUCUCUUCUUGAUAAAAAAGAAAAAAAAACAGGGCUUGCAGCCUGGACGAUACUUCAAGAUAAGUUUAAUAAGGCUUUGGAUAACACAAUAGACAAGAGAGAAUCUACUAAAUCAAGAAUGAUGCAUAAUUUCGAACCCAAAGACUGUGAAAACUUAAAUGUAAUUGAAAAUAAUGAUGUUGUUGGCCCAUCUCAAGAUUAUUCAUUAGCUGUAGAUAAAUUGACACUUAGCCAUGAUUUUUUAAUGAGUACAACAUUGAAUGGAUCUUUGAGUAGUUGCACAGUUAAUACUGCAAACACUUCAUUAGUUUCAGAAGAUUUAUUAGAUGAUGGUUCAAAUGACUUGUCAAAUCAUACACCUACAACAAGAAUAAAUGAUGUUCAAACUUGGAUACAAGAUCAAAAACCCAAUACAGAAAAAAAACAAAGUGUUAUCACAAGAAAGAAAUUGGUUAAAGAGUUGGAUAAAUAUGCUGUGUGCAAAAAAAUAUUAGACUGUGAUAAAAAUAAAGAAAUAACAGCUUUGAUGUCGAAACUUGUUACUUUAUCCUCAUCAGAAAAAAUUGAUAAAGAAAAAAAUCACAAUGACUUAAAUUCCCAUAAUAAACUGACCUAUGACCCUAAAGAAGGAAAAAUUCAUGAAGUAUUCAAAGGUAGGCAAUGUCAGUGGAUAUUAUAUGUAGUUUUUUUAAUAAGUGGAAUGUUGUGUUGUAUAACUUUUUUAACCCUUCAUAAAAAUUCUUUUGUACCGUUUGAUUUAUUUUUAAAAAAACCAAAAUCAAUGACAUUGUACGAAAGAAUAUGUAUGUGGCUUUGGGAAUUUUUUCGUCCGUCUGCCAAUUACAAGAGAAGCAAUGCUUGGAAGCCGCAUUGA